UUGCAUAAUGCUCUAUCUACAUAAAUAUGAAUAAACACGUUUCUUUGGCCUCGCUCGUAUCGUACAUGUGCGUACCUACGAUAACGGCGCCGGGACGUUCUACUGUCGUCAUAUCGUUAAUACGAGCACUGCCGAACUCACGCGAUCCCAGACUCGUGUUGUAUUCCGGAGUUCUCUGCACUCCACUGCACUCCUCCUCCAUCGGCCAGACAGACCAGAACAGACCAGACGAGAUCAUGGCUCUUCCCUGGCGUCUGCUGACGGUCGCGCGACUGGCCGAACGAUCGCGAGAUCCGAUACGACGACUUUUGUCUGUGAGCUCAUUUCGCUUCGGUAAAAUCGUACCUUUCAAAUUAUCGGACAUCGGGGAGGGUAUUCGAGACGUCACAGUGAAGGAAUGGUUCGUGAAACCCGGGGACCAGGUGAACGAAUUCGAUAACAUCUGCGAGGUGCAGAGCGACAAGGCCUCGGUGACCAUCACGAGUCGUUACACCGGCCUUAUCAAGACUUUGCACUACAAAAUAGACGACGUCGCGUUGGUCGGAACGGUGUUGUGUGACAUCGAGUUAGAGAACGAUUCGGACGACGAUACGGUGGACAACUAUUACACGGGAGAGACCGUGAAGAGCACUGAGAACCAAACGACCGACAGUUCGGUGACUAGGGAGAGUAGAACAGAUGAGGAGGCCACUACCUCGAGGGAAGAGAAGGUGUUGGCGACUCCGGCGGUGAGGAGGAUAGCUAAGGAGAACAACGUGAAUCUGAAGAAUGUAACAGCGACCGGCAAGGGUGGAAGAGUGCUCAAAGAGGACAUACUGGCACACUUGCAGACAACUUCCGCGGACGUGAGAGCCAAGGCGGACGUUCCGUCGUCCACGAGCAUGACGGGAAGUACGGUCGGUCUUAAGGGAUACUCAAAACACAUGUGGCACAUGUGGAAAACUAUGACGAAAUCUUUGAGUAUACCGCAUUUCGUCUACAGCGACGAGUGCAACGUGGACCAAGUGAUGCGCCAUCGAAACGAGCUGAAGAGCUACAUGACGGAACGGGGCGUCUCUCUAACGUUUUUGCCAUUUUUCAUAAAGGCGGCCUCGCGGGCGUUGGAACAGUAUCCCAAGUUGAACGCCUGGCUCGAUGAAGAAAGCCAAACACUACGAGUCCUGGACAAUCACAACAUCGGCAUCGCCAUGGACACGCCGGACGGCCUGGUGGUGCCGAACAUCAAGAACGUGCAGAAUCUCAGCGUUCUCGCGAUCGCGCGAGAGCUCAACAGGCUUCAGGAAUGCGGCAGCAAGUCGUCGAUACCGCUCGCCGAUCUCACCGACACGACAUUCACGUUGUCCAACAUAGGCGUGGUCGGUGGAACGUACACGAAACCGGUGAUCCUGCCGCCGCAAGUGAUAAUCGGUGCAUUCGGGAGGGCGCAGAAGUUACCGCGAUUCGACAACCUGGGGAAUGUAGUUGCGGCUCAAAUUAUGUCGGUUAGCUGGUCCGCGGAUCACCGCGUCAUCGACGGCGUGACGGUGGCCAAUUUUUCUAAUCUGUGGAAGCACUAUGUGGAAAAUCCGGUACAUCUAAUGAUCGGCGUAUGAAACCAUCUUUAAGGCACACGAGGAUUUUAAUCCUUACAUCACUUACAUUACUGAAAAAAAAAAAAAAAAUUAAUAUUGAUGUUCGCGC